AUGGCAGAAUACCUGCGCCAUGAUGAGGAGAGUUAUGGGGAAACCGGGAGUGUAAACAAGGCGCUUGCUACAACUCUCCUCGCUGUGGUGCAGGCAUCUUGGCAUUGGCGACACUCCAGGCCGGUCGCCAUAGUGCUGGUGUGCCUAAAAACCCAACCCUGCACUGAAUAUUCAUUUUGUUCCUUUUCAGCCAGAAGUCUCCUCGUCAUUUGUGCAGGCCUGGUCCACAUCGUCUCCCCUGACCGGGAUUCACCUGUCAACGCCAUCAUUGGCCAGACCUUCAACCUGGCCCGCCUCAUGAAAGCCAACAGCACCGUCCUUCUGAACACCUAUCUGAGUCACCAAGGGAGCCCGUUUAGCGACUCCGGCUUCGAUGCCCAGAGGCUGCGCUACGAAGGGGUGCCAACGGCCGCCAUCCCAUUCCUGGAAUGGCGGACUCUCAGCCACGUCAAGCGUGUGGAGAAGAAUUACGAGGCCUACACCGCCUUCGCGGAGUUCCUGCAGCUGGUCCGGGACGACCAGUUUGAGCUCAACCCCACCAAAGUGGAACUUCUGGAUAUGCUGAAGGUGACUCGCUUGCGUAUCCAAGGCCUCCUCAGCAACUUGACUGCCAUCAUGUCUGCCUUGGGAGCGCCGCCCGCCGCCGUCACGGACCCCCUCAUGCUGGAGUCUGUGGAAGCCGACACGUUCGAAAAGAAAGUCCGGGGCUACGUGGUGUGCCACACGUACAAAGAGUGGAUUGACCGGACGGUGAAAGACUUCUCUCUCCUCGCGGAGAAAUUCCCAGCCUAAGGAUCGCUCAAGGAGUAACUCCCAGGUUUAAA